AUGGUGAUUUCCUGCUGUCACGUGCAGUGUGCCAUCAGGCAAGGCUGUAAGCCCAAUCUAGCCUUUUACAGGGUACCUUUUGAUGCCGACAGAAGAUGGCGCUGGAUAGCUGCUAUCAAUCGUAAGGACUGGCAGCCGUCCAAAUACUCCCGGAUCUGCAAUGAGCAUUUUUUACGAGGAAAGAAGAGUGAUGACCCUUUGUCACCUGAUUAUGUGCCAUCUGUUUUUGCGCACAUGAAGACCCCUGAGAAGAGGCGAGCCCAGAAAAGUCUUGAGAAGUAUGAAGUGAGAGAGGCCAUGAGAAAAAGGAAGAGCCAGGAGUCAUCGAAAACGAAAGCUGCCAGAGCACUCCUCGAUCUCUCAGCUGAGAAGAAUGGGCCAGUAUUAGCUGAAGCUGAAAAUGAGGCUACAGUCAGUGAUAAAGGUACAAAUUCAAAAUGUGAUGCCAUGUGCCAAACAGACCUGACUUCAGAAGACAUCGAGUCACUGCAAUAUGAGUGUCAGCAACUCCGGGGUGAGACCUUUACACUGAAAGAGAAGCUGAAGUCCUCGGAUCUUCCUGAACAGGGUAGUUUCGAGAACAACGACAAACUGAAAACUCUUACCGGACUGCACCUCUUCUCAGUGUGA